AUGGUGAGGACCAGAGUUUUAAACAUAAACACUCUGGACAGCUUGCUAUAUCGCAACAAUAAACAUGUGUUUGUUUCAAAUCACUCGAAUAUAAACCCACAAACUACUUUAAGCAACAACACUCACUUUGAUAUUGGUAGAAAUUUAUGCCAAAAAUGCAAUUCACUUUUAAUUCACAAGAAUUUUUUCAAAAGAAAUAUAUACACUUCACGAAUAUGUAAUAAAACUUUGGAUUCUGUUAACCAAGACGCUCCUGGAAUAACGAACACCUACUUUCCUGGUGGUUCAGAUAUUACUUCGCCGGAUUCUUCAUUGAUUGACAAGUAUGGAAGUCAGCUCCUUGAUAUUAGGAUUGAUAAACAGGCAGCCCUGACUCUGGAACCUGAAGCACAUCUGGAAAAUGUCAGAUCGGUGGUGCUGAAAAGCGCCGAGGAAAUUUCAAUGUGGCUUAGGACGAACAGGCACUCGUAUAUAAAGGACGUUGACGAGUCGGUGGUUCAAAUAUUCAGGGAGGCUGAAAAGUUCGCAUCGAUCCACGGGCUGCUCCUUGGCGACGUAUCAGUGGAGGAUUUGAAGAGCCAUGUGAAAAGUGUGAAAACCCUGUCAAGUCUCUUUUCAACACAGUUUAUCAGGAAGCAGAAGAAGAAGCUGUACAAAGAUAAUGAGCUGCCUCUUUUGGCAACGCAGCAGACCAGGUCUGAUGUAAACGAGUUUGAGAGUGCGAACGGGGAAGAUGAGGGUAAAGCAGGGUAUAGUGAGACGCUUAACUAUAAAAGGCAGGAGUUGAUAGAAAAGCUGAGUUUCAGCGAAGCGCUGGAGAGCGCAAAGGUGGAAGCGUCGAGUCUGUUGGACUUUAAGCACCCCUCGGAGCUGUCGUCGCUAUCGAGCACGUGCUCACAGUGGAUAGAGGAUAUAUCAAGUUUUAUAAAGAGGGACAGAGACAGAGGAGGAAACUUCGUGAUACCGCUGGACCUUGACGAGGAGCAGUUGGCAACAACGACAGUGAAGGUAGUGUUGCAGUCGAUGUGCUUCCCGACGUAUACCUUCGACUCGAAGGGGAACAAGGGAGGGCUCUUCAAGAAGAGAAUACAGCAGACGACGAGCAACCAGGUGCUGAUAUCGCACCUGGCGAUAAAACUGGGCGAUGAGAUAGGGAAGAUGUACAACGUGAGUAGCGGCGUAAAAGUGGAAGGUGAAGAAAGAAGGGAGUUGAGAACUGCCGAAAACAGAAACAGUAACGAAAACGACUGCGAUACAAACGGUGUUGCCAGGGAUUCUGAAGAAAACUAUAUAGAAAUAAGGAGCGCCAAAGUCGCUGAUAAGGACAAGGACAACAAGGUGACGGUGAAGUCAAACUUGAAUGCAGUGAUGAAGCACCUCGACGUGGACACGACGAAAAAGAGCUGGAACAGCUCACAGUCAGCAGCGGUGGGAGGAUACCUGUUGAACGCGUUAAUAAGGUCGUGUAAAAUUGAGUUGGACCUGCAGACGGCAAUGAAGCAGUACCUCUCAAACUACUCCUACUACUAUAGUCAAUCAUUGCACAGUGGCGGUGCUAAAAGAACCGGCGAAUCAUCAGUAAGUGCUAACAAGAGAUCAGCUACAGUUGCCCAAUCGGCAGAAGAUGCACUGGUAGUGAGUGACGGAAAGGAUGAGCUUCAUGCUUUUAAAGGGCCUGUUCUCGAGGACAAGUUGUCAGUCACAGGAGGAAAGAUAAGCAUGAGAGACAGCAAGUUGGACCUGGUGAUGAGGUUCCUGAGCGUGAUCAAGAAGAGCAGGUUCAACGAGUCGCUGGUGGAGGUGGAGGCAUUCAGGCACGUGCUCCUGAGGCAGGGGAUCAAGACCUUCGGAGUCCUCGAGAUGAGAGAAAGCUGCAUGCUGCAGCUGAGGGACUUCGUGGCGAAGAGUCUGCUGUCGCUAGCAGCGCUGCCGAUGGUGUGUCGGCCGAAGAAGUGGAUCAACGCCACAACAGGCGGGUCACUGCUCCUUAAGCACAACUUCAUACGCGGAAGUAAGCUGAACGAGGUCAAGGUGUACGACCUGGAGGGCGUCUUCGACAUAGUGAACAGGUUCUCGCAAGUGCCAUGGGUGAUCAACAGAGACAUGCUGCAGAUAAUAAAGGCCAUCAACAACGACCCGAAUUCCAUACCAAUGAAACAGUUUGUGCCCAUCACUGGGAAUAAUGGCAUUAGUGGGAAUAAUGGCGUCAGUGGCGGCGCUGACACCAAGCUGAACAGCGAUCAACUGAGUGAACUGUCGCUGUUCCUGCGGAGAAUUAAAAUCGCAGACAGCUUCGUAAACGAGAAGAAGCUCUACGUGCCCCUGAACAUCGACUUCAGGGGAAGGAUGUAUCCGCUCUCGCCGUACCUGAACCACAUGAACGACGACCUGUGCAGAAGCCUGCUCCUCUUCUCCGAGAGGAGAAGGAUGGGGGAGCGCGGCCUCUUCUGGCUCAAGAUACACGUAAGCAACAUGUUCGGCAACGACAAGAAGAGCUUCGAGGAGAGGAUACGCUGGGUCGACGAGCACUACGCGAUAAUAGCUGACCUGACGAGGAACCCCUGGGGCGACUUCAACCAGAACUUCUGGGCGAAGGCCGACAAGCCGUUCCAGUUCUUCGCAGCCUCCCUGGAGCUCGUGCGGGCCGUGGAGUCGGGGGACCCUGCCAACUACAGGACGAACAUUCCGAUUCAGCAGGACGGCACGUGCAACGGGCUGCAGCACUACGCAGCACUCGGCCUCGACGAGGAGGGCGCGCGGUACGUCAACAUGGUUGACGCGGCUGAGCCCCAGGACCUCUACUCGCACAUUCUGCAGGUGGUGAUAAAGAAGGUGUACCAGGACCUGAACUCUGCUGCUGGUGAUCCGGGUACCGAUACUGGCCAUGCUGGUAAACGGAAAACGGACGGCAAGGCCACCUUGGAAUCAAACAGAAGGCACGCAGAGCUGUGCAUCAACAAUAACCUGCUGUCGAGGAAGGUCGUUAAGCAGACUGUGAUGACGAUAUGCUAUGGAGUGACAAGGGUCGGGGCGAUCGACCAGGUGGAGGCUAAGUUGAAGGACGUGAAGAAGGUGGCGCAGCUGCCGGAAGCCGAGUUGCGUGGCCUGGCCACGUACCUGGCGACGAAGAUCCUGACGAGCAUCACCUCGGUUUUCAGCAGAGCCAUGGGCAUAAAGAACUGGCUCGACGAGAUCAGCCUGCUGCACAACCAGCACAACGUCCCCGUGACCUGGAUCAGCCCCGUCGGGCUCCCCUGUGAGCAGCCCUACUGCCUCUCCGUGACCAAGACCGUGAAGACGCCCCUGCAGGCGAUCAACGUGGCAAGGUACGUGCCCGGGGUCGACAAGAGGAGGCAGAAGCUGGCGUUCCCGCCGAACUUCAUCCACUCGCUCGACGCGGCGCACCUCAUGCUCACCGCCCGCAGGAUGUUUGCGCACACGCAGAGCUUCGCGGCCGUCCACGACAACUUCUGGGUGCACCCGGACCACGUGGACCUGAUGCACCGGUGCAUCAGGGAGGAGUUUGUGGCCAUGCACAGCCGGCCCAUUCUGGAGGACCUCCACAAGUCGGUGGUGAGCAGGCUCCAGGUGCCCUUCAGGCCGCCCCCUUCCAAGGGCUCCCUUGACCUUAACCUCGUUCUGGGCAGCCGCUACUUCUUUCACUAG